AUGGACCAAGAUUGGGAAGCUGAUACAGAUCGCGAUCAACACCACACCAAGGAAACUGAAUCUGCCUCUGGGGAUGCAAGGAAGGAACCAAAGAAAGAUCCGUCAUCCUGGGACUUGUCUGUAUUGGACAACUUGGAAAGUUUUGAGAUGGCGGACCCGGAGCCCGUGGAGCCCGUGAAGCAAACGAAAAACCGGGUGGACCGCAAGGGACGGGAGUCAAACUUUGAAGAUGAUGGAUUUGAUGAGGCCGCGCGAGAACGCUCCCGCCAACACCGCAAGGCGCAACAGAAAGAAAAGGCCGCGCGAAAGGCAGCGAAGAAGGCCGAACCCGCUCCCCUCUACCUACCCGAAUUUAUCAGUGUCGGCAACUUGGCCGAUGUGAUUGGCGUCAAGCCAGCACAAUUCGUGGCCCGCAUGGAAGAGAUGGGCUUUGAGGAGAUCACCUACAAAGACAUCCUCGAUGCAGAGACCGCCGGGCUGGUGGCAGCUGAGUACAAUUUCGAAGCUAUCUUUGAUAUCGGCGAAAACGACCUCAAGGCUGCCCCCGAACCAGAGGAUCCGUCUAGUCUACCGUCUCGACCCCCUGUGGUGACUAUCAUGGGUCAUGUUGAUCACGGUAAAACCACCAUUCUGGAUUGGUUGCGCAAGUCUUCAGUGGCGGCAACUGAGCACGGUGGUAUCACUCAGCAUAUCGGUGCAUUCUCUGUGAAUAUGCCUGCUGGCAAGGCUAUCACUUUCCUGGACACACCCGGUCACUCCGCAUUCCUGGAAAUGCGCCGACGAGGUGCCGACGUCACUGACAUCGUGGUUUUGGUUGUUGCCGCAGACGACAGUGUCAAGCCGCAAACUAUCGAAGCUAUCAAGCACGCCAACUCAGCCAAGGUCCCUGUUAUUGUCGCCAUCAGUAAGAUCGACAAAGAAGGCAAAAACCCUGACAAAGUGAAGGCCGAUUUGUCCGCCCAAGGUGUUCAUGUUGAAGACUACGGCGGCGACGUGCAAGCCAUCGGAGUCAGCGGUAAGACUGGAGAAGGAAUGGUAGAGCUGGAAGAAGCCAUCAUGGCGCUCUCUGAAAUGCUCGACCACCGCGCAGACACUGCCUGUAAUGUUGAGGGCUGGGUCAUUGAAGCUUCCACAAAGAGCUACGGUCGCGUGGCAUCCGCUCUUAUUCGACGUGGAACCCUCCGACCAGGUGAUAUCAUUGUCGCCGGUACUGCAUGGGCUCGUGUUCGCACGCUCCGUAACGAAGCCGGCGUAACCAUCCACGAAGCUACACCCGGCAUGCCCGUCGAGAUUGAUGGUUGGAGAGAACAGCCAGGUGCUGGCACCGAGAUCCUCCAGGCACCAGACGAACAGAAAGCCAAGGAAGUCGUGGAGUACCGCUUAGAGAGGACGGAUACUGAGAAGAUGGGUAUCGAUAUGGUUGCCAUCAAUGAAGCCCGACGUGAAAUUACCGAAACCCGCCGACGCGAGAAGGAAGAUGAAGAUGAAACUCGUCGGCGCUUGGAGUCGGAGUCCACUGGGCCCAAGCCUGUCAAUUUCAUUCUGAAGGCUGACGUGGACGGCUCUGCUGAGGCCGUGAUGAACUCAGUCAGCGCGAUCGGAAAUAAUGAGGUGUUUGCCAAUAUCAUUCGCUCAGGCGUCGGCCCCGUCAGUGAAUUCGACAUUGAACACGCUGCCACCGCCGGUGGCCGUAUCAUCUCAUUCAAUCAACCCAUCGAUCCUAACAUGAUGCGGAUGGCCGAGGCUGAGCGGGUCGAAAUCAUGGACCACAACAUCAUCUACAAACUAACUGACGAGGUGAAGAGCAUUCUGAGCGACCUCCUGCCUCCAUCAGUUACCAUUCGCGUGACUGGAGAGGCUGAAAUCCGCGAAGUCUUUUCGAUUACUAUCAAGGGACGCGAGAAGAUGCUCAUUGCUGGAUCUCGUGUACGCAACGGCAUGAUCAACAAAGCCCGUAAGGUCAAGGUGCUCCGCGGUGAGGAGGUGGUCUACGAUGGUAAGCACAGAACGCACAUCCAAACACCGGUUGAAACGUAUCUAACUACAAUGACAGGCGCUAUUACCUCUCUGAAAAACGUCAAGAAGGACGUCACCGAAAUGCGUAAAGAUACCGAGUGUGGUAUCGGAUUCGAGGGCUGGACCGACUUUGCUGUUGGCGACCGCAUCCAGUGCUACGACGAGAUCUUCGAGAAACGAUAUCUAUAA